CAAAGCAAGCAGAGUCUGGGUUAGGGUCUGAUGAGAACCUUUGUCAUUUUCCUCUGAGUUUGGCUGCAGAAAUGGCUGCCCUGCUUCUCCUGUGUGUGGGGGUCCUUAACCUGGGCUGGAGUGUUGUUGCACAGGACAAGACGUUUCUGAUAACGGGUCCUCGGCUGUUGAGGUUGGAUGCGAUUGAGUCGGUGGUGGUGCAGGUGUUUGAUGAGGAGGACACCAGUGUGCAGCUGUACCUGAAGAAGUCUUUGGCUGCAGGGGACACUAAAUAUGCCUCUGAGACUGUCCAGCUCAAUGCAGGGAACAGCUACCAAGCAGAAGCCAAGAUGCGGAUCUUCUCAAAGGAUUUCCCCUCUGAUGCGACCCAUGUGUAUCUACAUGCUGUGGCUGGUGGCAUUAACCAAGAUGAGAGAAUUCCUGUCUCCCGUGACAACGGAUUCCUCUUUCUCCAGACUGACAAGCCUCUGUAUACACCCGAGCAGUCAGUGAAAGUGAGGGUCUUCUCUCUGAAUGAGGAGUUGAAACCAGCAAGGAGAAAAGUCGCUCUCACAUUUCGGGACCCUGAAGAUGUGAAAGUAGACAUUGUGGACCUGGAGGAUGUCAGUGGGAUCAUAUCGAUGCAGCAGCCUUUCAAAAUACCCCUCAAACCUAAGUUAGGAAUAUGGAACAUUGAGGCGUCCUACACUGAUGACUUCAGCACAAGCGCCCGCACUCAGUUUGAAGUCAAGGAGUAUGUUUUACCCAGCAUCAUAGUUACCAUGCACCCAGAGCUGACCUACAUCAGCGAAGCCAAUAUGGACUCCUUCAAGCUGAAAGUCACAGCAAGGUAUGCUAAUGGAGCUCCUGUUCUGGAAGCGGACGUGGUGAGGAGAUUUGGCUACAUGACAGGACAAGAGACCGUCAUCCUGCCCCAAACCUUCAGCACAGUGCAGUUGACUGACGGUCAGGCAGAGCUCGUCCUGAACAUCAGGCAGGCCCUUGCUGCAGCCAAGGACGAACCCAAAGACCUACAGCAGAUGGAUGGCAAACACCUGUAUGUGGUUAUCACAGUGGAGGAGAGUACAGGUGGCUUGACUCAGCAGGCUGAGUUGGUGACGGUGAAGUUUGCAGUGUCUCCCUUCAGUCUGAGCUUGAUUGCAACUCCUCUCUUCAUCAAACCAGCACUGCCAUACACCAUCAGGGCGGUUGUGAAAGGCCCCACAGGGGAGGCGGUGAGUGGCGUGCCGGUGAAGAUCCGGGGAUCCGUCACCGACGCCAGCGGGCAGCAGGAUGUGCUGCUCUACUUGGAUGAGAAGGACACCACCCAGGCGACGCAAAGCGACGGCGUGGCCUACUUCACCUACAAUAUCCCCAGCUCCUCCGUCAGCGCAGACUUCUUUAUGGAGACAGUCGAUAAGAAGCUGUCCUCGCAGAGCCAGGCCAAGUUCAACUUUAAGACCGAGACUUACGUCUCUACCAAAGGCCGCUACCUGUACAUCAACUUACCCAGCUACCAGUCCACUUUGCAAGUCAAUAGCUAUGUCAGCAUUCAAGUCUACUUCCACUACCACGAUUACCUUCCCCUCAAGUCUUUCAGCUACCAGGUGCUGUCGAAGGGCAGGGUGUUGCAACACGUCACUCAGCCCCGCACUGGGACCUCGAUUGAGAUCAUCAACCUGCACGUGACCCCGGAUAUGGUGCCGUCCGUCCGGCUGAUCGUCUACUACGUCCAAUCUGGAGAGGGUGCCGCUGAGCUGGUGGCCGACUCUGUGUGGUUUGACGUCCAGGACAAGUGUGUGAAUGGACUCAAAGUGGCGCUAUCUGCCCCUGACUCUCAGUACAAGCCCAAAGAUGAGCUGGUUCUGCAGCUGCAGGCCAGCCAAAACUCUGUGGUGGCCCUGGCAUCUGUGGACAUGGCACUGUACUCACUUAGACUCAAGCACCAAGACCCACUCAGCACUGUGUUGCGGCAUGUUGAACAGAAAGAUAUGGGUUGUGGAAGAGGGGGAGGGAAGAAUGUUGCUGAUGUGUUCCGCAGGGCUGGCCUCAUGUUCAUGACUAACGCUAAUGCCAAGGCAAUCAUUGAAGGUGACACGUGCUCUGACGUUGUAAGACCUAAGAGGGCAGUCACAGAGGAGGACUAUAAUAAAAUACUUAAUGAAUUCCCUAGACAACUGAGGCAUUGCUGUAGGGCGGGCCUUUACAGUAAUCCAACACUAGAGUCGUGUGAAAACAGGGCCAAUCGCUUGAAUAGUAAACGCCCAAACAUGGUCAAGGUCUUCAAGCGCUGCUGCCUAAUGGGCAAAGAACUGCGUGAGCGUUCUGGGGACAUAACUCUCAGCCGUGCAGCGGUGGAUGCCCUUUUGGAGAGUAAGCCCAUGCUGAUUCGGAGCUACUUCCCUGAAAGCUGGCUUUGGGAGGAGCUCUCCAUCCAUGACAGCUCAGGUGCGAUGGCCAUCAGACGAACGCUCCCAGACUCUCUGACCACCUGGGAGAUGAGAGCAGUGGGCCUGUCCAACGAUGGUAUCUGUGUGUCAGAGCCACUGCGGGUGUCAGUGAGUCAGGCCGUGAGCGUAGACGUGCCCCUGCCCUAUGCCAUGGUGCGUGGGGAGCAGGUCGAGUUGAAGGGCUCCAUCUACAACCAACAUGAACAGGACUCAAAGUUUUCCCUGACUCUGGAAGCCUCUGAGGGGAUCUGUGUGUUCCGUGGGCGGAGCUCUGGGGAGAACAAUGGCGUUCUAGAGAAAAGUUCCGUUCGUUUCGUCCACUUCUACAUCAUGGCCCUCGAGGCUGGCACACACACUCUCAACUUCACCCUCAAUACACAGUGGGGGAAAGAGAGGCUGGUCAAGACUCUGCGUGUGACUCCUGAAGGAAUCCUGACUGAAGACAACACAGGGGCCACCAUUGACCCUCAGGGCAUCUACGGACAUUCCAAAAGAAAGGUGGAGCUGAGGAACUCCCUCCCUCCAAAAGUGGUACCAAACUCACCGGUGGAGCGAAGCCUCACCGUCACCGGUGAAUUGAUCGGAGAGGUGCUCGCCAUAAUGAACAACCCCAAGGGGAUUCAGCAGUUGGUGAACCUACCCCGGGGGUCCGCGGAGAAGGAGCUGAUGGGUCUUCUGCCCCUCUACUACGUCUACCAUUACAUGGAGACUGGAAACCGCUGGGCCAAUCUGGGGCCACAGGCCACCGACAUCAAGGCAGAUCUCAAGACCAAGAUGAAGGAGGGCCUCAUCAGUAUCAUGUCCUUUAAGACGAGACUGCAGGAGGCCUUCAGCAUGUGGAAGAAUAGAGAGGCAAGCACAUGGCUGACUGCUCUCAUGGUGAAGACCCUAGCAGAGGUGGACAAGUACACCGCUGUGGAUGGCAUUGCUCUCUCCAAGUUUGUCUACUGGCUGAUUGUCAGCAGUCAGAAAGCAGAUGGUUCUUUCUUGGAAACGUCCACCUACAAGCCUGUAAAACUCAUGGGUGCUGGAGGUGAUACCACAGAACAGGCAGUUUACCUCACGUCCUUCGUUGUCAUUGGAAUCAAGAACGCCAUGGAGAUUCCAGAAUGUAAUCUUGAUCUGUAUAAGGAGGCUCUGAAGAAGGCGGAGGGUUUCCUCUUUGAUAAGGUGCAGUCGGGGAAGCUGAAGAGCCUGUACGUGCGAGCGGUGACAGUCUAUGCUCUGAGCCUCCUAGACAGCAGCAGCAUCCCCUCAAUCUCUCUCUAUGAGGGCCUUCAGGCAGCCGCCAGUGUUAAAGGUAACCCACCUGUGGUGCGCUUCUGGCAGGAGGACUCGUCGCCUCAGAACCCCCUGAAGCCUCAUAAAGCCUCGGCUCAGACAGUGGAGACGACCGUCUACGUGCUGCUGACCGCCCUCCUCAGGGGACAGGUCUCCUACAUCAAACCCAUCCUUACCUGGAUCACCCAGGACCAGCGCUACGGAGGAGGGUUCUACUCCACACAGGACACCAUACUCACCCUGGAGGCUCUGGCCAAGUACAGCAUCCUGACCAAAGAUGCCAACCUGAACAUGGACAUCAAAGCGGCGUACAGGACCAAAGGAGACCUGGACUUCAUCACGCUCACAGAGAACAGACCUGUUGGAAAGCCCAUAACGGUGACGAAAAAUGACGACAUCAUCCUGUCAACAGGCUUGAGCACAGGAGUGUCGGUUGCUAAUCUUAAAACGGUCUAUUACAAAAUGACAGACGACAGUGACAUCUGCCACUUUGACAUUUCCAUUGAGAUUAAACCACGUAACCCAGGUUCAAAUGACUAUAUGGAGUUAUUACCGCGCAUUGUCGCCUGUGCUAGGUACAAGCCAGAGGAGAAUGAGGUGUACACAGAGUCUAGUCACACUGUCAUGGAGAUCCAGCUGCCCACGGGGGUAAGCGCCCUACAGGAGGACCUGGACAUGAUGCUGGAUGGCUUUGAAUCUCUCAUCUCCGAUUAUGAAAUGGACAGGGACACACUCAUUAUCCAGCUGGACUCGGUGCCCUCAGCCCAGCCAUUCUGUGUGGGAUUCCGUAUCCAGGAACUCUUCGCCACAGGCAUGGCCAGCGGCUCCCUGUUCAAAGUUUAUGAAUAUCGCGACCCAGACAGCUCCUGCUCUGAGGUUUACUACCCGAAGGAGCGCAAGCUACUGAGGCUGUGUGAAAACGACCAGUGCCACUGCAUGGCAGCGGAAUGCUGCAUCUUCAGAUCCACUAUGGACCCCAGCAUUACUGCUGACUCACUACAGAAAGACAUGUGCAAAGACAGUGUCAAAUAUGCAUUUAAGGUCAACGUUGAGUCGAGUGAAGUCGAGGGAGAUUUUGUGACAUACAAAGCUAAAGUACAGGAUGUCUUCAAAAAAGGGGCGGAGGACAUAAAGAUCAACUCUGAGGUGGAGUUAGUGAAGAAGGCCACAUGCAGCUCCACACAGUUGGAUGCAGGCCAGCAGUACCUGGUGAUGGGGACUGAGGUCAUGCAGAUACGACAGCAUCGCUCCUUCAGGUAUAAGUUCCCACUGGACUCCCAGGCACAGGUGGACGUAUGGCCAGACAGAGCAGCCUGUGCGGAGAGCGCCUGCACCGACUACCUCAGAGUGCUUGAUGACUUCACUUACAACAUUCUCAUUGAUGGAUGCUGAGGGAACCAGUCAUGUGAUCACAGAGCCCGUAGGACCUGUGGAUAUAAACAAAAGCUCACAGAUGUUAAACUAUGAUAUGCAAUGUUAUGAUUGUUUCCUUGUAAAAUGAAAUUAAUAAAUGCAUUUACAGACCAAA